UUUUGGAAAAUCUGGUCUAUAAAAACGCAUGAAUCUCUCGCAACCCAAACAAACAAUCCCCGAAAGAAAUGAUGAUCUCGAAAUGUCCAAGUCUCAAGCAAUGGGACUCAAUCCCUGACGAUAUUGCCCUCAACAUCGCUUCCUUUCUUCAGGUCUCUGAUAUCUGCUCUUUGGGAAGCUGCUCUCGCUUCUGGCGCGAUCUCUGCGCAUCCGAUUUCUUAUGGAUUUCUCUCUCCAAACAAAGGUGGCCUUCCUUAGAUUUCUCCAAAAUCGGAAUAGUCAGAGAUUACGACGAAGAAUCGGACCAGCAAUCCUCCUUGUCUGCGAAGGUGUGGCGUAGUUUUUACAUUAAUUGGCACCAAGUGAUGGCUGGUAGAGCUACUGCUAUAGUUAAGUUCGUGAAACAAAGCUCUCGAGAUGAGUCGCUUGAAGUUGGGGAUUUUUUGAGAGCAAUCGGAGAACUGUGUUCAAUGGAAUUCGGAUUUAAGGAUGUCCAACUGUUUCUAUUCACAACAAAGCAGAAUGUCCUGCUGAAUCUUAUUGGAUUACACUAUUCCUUAUUUUGGCUCGGAGUACCGUGUUCUAAUAUCGGCUAAACUCAUCUUAUCAAGCCCUUGCUCAUAGGAUAGCUCGACUGAUUGUAUCGAUGGUAUGCGAUAUCGAUGCUAUGCGAUGCUCUAAAGGUUUGUGCUUUUUAUUUUAAAGUUCUUUUUUUCUUUGAAAGUCUGGAAAGAAUGAGGAAAUCGUUUUUGAGAUUUUUACUGGAAAAAUCCUCAAAUUCUGAUUUUUCCAUAAAAAAAAAAAAAAAAAAAGGUCUCGACUUUUCGAAGUCCCAAAACAAUGUUCUUGGGGGAUGAAAUGACCAAAUUCCAAAUGUAUUAUGGUGACAUCGCAUUUAUCUAAAUGCGUCGUCGUCUAGUGGUGGCAAUGGGUCAGGUUUGGGUCGGGUCAGGGUCUGCCCAAGCCUGAUCCAUCUACUAAAAUGCUAAGAAUCCUAGCCCAAACAUGAUAACCCAUUACCCAUUGUCCUAAUCCAACCCACUUAAAAAUUCAUCAAGCCCAACCCAACCCGAUCCGACCCAUUUAAUUGUAAAUGGGUCAUGUGCUGGGCUCAACUAACCCAACCCAAUUCGCCACAACCCAACUCAGGUUUAAGAAUGGAACAUGAGGCUAAAGGCUAUGCACAACCUAGCCCACUCAAUUGAAAUAGAGUAAUUUAAAAAGUUCAUAUAUACUUUUGUUCUUUACUUCAUUUCAGGUUUCCAGUCAGGUUGGGUUGGUCAUGUGACCCAACCCAUUGAUAACCUAUAUAAGUGGGUGUUAAGAGUUUUUCCCUAGAAAAUCAAUGUGACCCUGAUUCAUUAGCUAUGUGGAUGCGAUAGCUUCAAUUUCAGUUGGUGAUCUUGAUUCACACAGGCCUGUGGUAUACCUUGACAUUAUUUGUUGUUGUCCUAAACUGAUAUGGUAUGAGUUAUGUGAUGAGUAUAUCAUUUGGUCCUUGAGGAACUUGAAACCAGACACUAGUCAUUUACCAGGAAAAUUUGUGUUCCAUGAAUUUUAGGAUCCUGAUGAACCAUGAUCGGCACAUAUGCCUAUGACACAUUUGUGUACAUCACUCUUUUAAAUGUAUAGUCAUCCCAUGUGAGGGAAAUGACUUAAGAGUCAAGAUGGAAGGUCUCCACCAUCAAGAACCAACUUAAGGUUGAUUGUACCUUUGCCCUCAUCCCACAUGGGAAUUUAAGUGUGCUAGAUAUGAGAUCCUGGUAUUUGAUCUUUAGAUACUUACAUUGGAGGAUUGAAGUUCAAGUCAAUAGUUUAGGGGCCCAAUACUCUAAGCUAAUGAUCAUGUGAUCAAGAAUUUGAUAGUGCAUGAAAGAUAAUUAAUCUUUAUAUCUAAGGGCAUGUAUGGGUCUUAAAUCUUGACUUAUCAACUUUAGCUCACUUUACAAGGCUUCUUAGAGGCCACUGAAAGUGGGUGGUGCCGGGUAUGUCCAUUAGGGUUUAUGAGUUCUUUUACGGGCUAACAUGGGAUCCACUGAAUUUAUUUGGGGACUUGCUCAGGGUUAGAUUAGAUUUGAUCAGGAACUCAUCAAGUGGUUUUAGCAUUAGGCCGAGCACUUGCAAAGUUUUAAGUAGCUUUAAAAAGGUUUUUAAUAAUUAAAAUUUUGUUUUAACAAUUGAAACUAUUUUGAUCACACUUGAUGAUGAUCUGAUGGCCUAGAUCUGAUGGUUCACUACUUAAUUGGCAUGGAAUUUCAAUGAAUCUAAUUCAUCUUUGAUGAUUCACCACUUAAUCCGCAUGGAAUUUCAAUGAAUCUAAUUCAUCUUAAAUCAGAUUGGGUUGGCAUUUGGUGCCUAGUUCAAUUGGCUCAAAAUAUCUGUUAGCUCAUAUUAACCGAAGAAUAGUACAAUCACGGAGAUCGGACUAAAUCAAUCCAAUGGGAUGAUGGUCUAACUCUAAACAAUAGUACAUGGGAUUGAAGUGCAAUUGCCAAUUUUCUUGGCGAACCUUGCACAAUUAGACGGUGAUCAUUCAUUUGGAACUUGACUAAAUCUCACCCACUGGAGGUUUGAUUGACCUGAAAAUUUAUGGGAAAGCUUUAUUCUACGCAAGGAAACUACUAGAUGGUGUGGAUCUGACCAAAGAUGAUCAGAUUUGUCCAGGGCUAAUUUUGGACAAAUGGAACCGUUUUGGAUGGAUCUCUUAUGUCUGAGAUCAAAUUGGGCUGAAACCUAAAGGGUAGCUCAAUGGUGAUGUGUGCAGUGUUGUCAUAUGCAAUCACAUAAGCACUUUCAUUAUCACAUAUGCCAUUUUGGACCAACAGACCACACAUAUCAUGUAGGCACAUGUGAUUAUUAUCUAUUGGGGGUUAUACGGUUACACAAAAAAGUAUGCAACCAUAUAAGCCAUACUUAUGUGGUUAAACCAUUGUGUACAAAAUAUGUGAUGGCAUAACCCUGCAGCGAUUAGAUUUCUGAGUGUUGGGACUUAUUUUUUGUUUCAUUUUCUCUCACUUUUUGCCUAUAGAUAGGCACUCCCACCCCCUAUUUUCACAAUUCUAUUACUUUCUUACUCUCUUUCACUCUAACACUCACAUCUCUCACUUUGGUCUCUUAACUCUCUUAUUCUCUCUCUCACUCUAUUACUCUCAUUCUCCCUUAAAAUGGCAUCAAUACAAUUUAAUGUUUUUUUUUUUUUUUGGUAUAUGCAUUCAUUUAAGUAGUUGGUACUUGACUUAUUAUAGUCUAAUAGUCUAAUAAAAAUAUUAAAAAGAUUCCUACACUUGCAACCUUUUUACAUAAACUUUCAUAUAUUUUUUCAGUUAUUUAUUUAUUUUUAUUUUAAAAAAAAAAAAAAAGUUUGGGAGACUGUGCCAUUGGGUAUGCAAUUAUGCCAUCGCAUAAGUACACAACUCCCUCGGGUCACAUAGGAUUGCUUAUGCCAUUUGACAACAUUAGUGUUGAGCACAUUUAUUAGUCAUGAUUGAGUAGUAGGAGGCCCGAUCAUGUACUUUUGAUAGGUCAACCCCUUAAUUGUGCAUGUUGAGUGGUUCUUGGGUUUUUAAGACCUUGGAAUGAUAAUUCACAAAUGUCGAUUUGAGUUGCAUCCCAUGGCCUCAUAAAUGUCGAAAGUGCCCUAGUUGCAUUCCUAAGUGCCCUAGUUGCAUUCCUGUAUGUACGGUAUAAUGCGCAAUGGAAGACAACCAUUCAAAAAGACACCUUACAAAUUGUAUAUAUGAUUGUGUUGUAUGUCGGUUUAUUCUAAAAUGUGAUUUAUUGUAUUUCAUGGAGGUUUUUAUAUUGGCACACAACUCUUGUCCACGCUCUACGUGAAAUCUUAGUUUGUGGAUGAGUGAUUAUGAGGCAUGGUUAUGUAACCCUAAGGUUCUCUUGUGUAGUGAUAGCCAUUAGUUGUGUUGGGGACACAACUUGACGAACUCCGCGUUUGAGCUUGAAAAUGUUCAUUCUCUGACAUUAAUCGAAAGUAACACUUAAAUAAAUAAUAAACGGCUUAUAUGGUAAUGCAGAAAAUGUUGAAGCUUUACAUAGUAUCUAAGAUUAUUACAUUCGAGAAGUUCAUUAGGAAUAACUUUAUUAAUCAGUCCCAAAAACUUGAGUUAGUACUCACUCUUGAGCAAGUAUUGUAUAUCAUUUAUGAAUUAUGAGCCUCCUCUCCCUAAGGUCAAUGAUGAACGCCUUAUUGUCUGUAUCAAAUAUGUCAAAUAGGAAAGAGACAAUGAGUUAGUCAAACUGUACAUUCUAGGCUUCAUAGUUGAUGUGCUCUACAACCAGCUGUGGAACACGUUGAAUGCUAGAUAUAUAUAUUUACACCCAAAGUGCAUGUUUGGUGUCCGAAUCAAGACCGAAAUACAAGCCCUUGAGAGGAAACUGUACACUACAAAACUCGAUGAAGAAGCAUCUAUUAACGAGUAUGUGAUAAAAAUGUGUGUGAUUGCUAAUGAGCUUUAUAAUUGGACAUGCCAAAGGAGAGACUGAAUUGUAAAUGCAUCCUUAUGUCAUUGACACCUAUAUAUGAUAGGUUCAUUGAUAAUUAUAAUAUGAGCGAACUCAAGUAUAAUGAAGAGAAACUAUAUAUGCAUUUGGUUCUCUAUGAGAUCAACAAUCUGAGAUGUCCAAAGAAGCGUGUGGUAAAUCUAGUUGAGAGCUCCUCAAGUGGCAAUCCAAUUCUCAAAAGCGCAAGAAGACUGAUGAUCAUAGUUAAGGGACAAAUAACCCUAGUGGAAAUAAGGCAAAGGGAGUAGAAAGAAUGCAUGUUAGCAUUGUGGAAAAUAGGGCAACUUCAUGGAAAAGUGCGCCACCUAUAGGAAGCAACUUGCUCAAGUGGUUAAUAUAGGUAUGCUAUCUCUUACCACUUGGUUCCCAUGAGAUAUAACCGUUUUAUAUUACUAUCUGGCAUUCUGCUAAUCUGCUUGUGUAGAGGGUGAAUGGACAGGAUGGAAAUUGAGGCAGAGGAUGAGCAUGCAUUGGUUAGGAGCAGAAGAGCUUAGUAGGACAUGAUGUGCCAAUAGUAUAACAGAGUUAAUGGAGAACAUGGUUUAGAGUCGAUGACCUGAAUUGAUCUAUAUUGGACUUGGUUUUUUAGAUCUUAUUAUCAUUAUUUGUUUCUUUGAAAAUAGUGGUUUUUGACCUGUUAUCUGUUCCCAUGGAAAUGAUAGUUUAAAUUGUUUAUUCUAUUAGUCAUUGAAUCUUCCAUGUUAGCUC